AUGUCUUCUCGAGCAACACCGUCGCGAUCAGCUCCUUCUGGCUCAUCAUAUUCAGGUAGUAGUAGUAGUUCGGGUGUUAGCAGGACGCGUGUGGGUAAGUACGAGCUUGGUAGAACUUUGGGUGAAGGUACUUUCGCUAAAGUCAAGUUCGCUAGGAACGUUAUCGACGGAAAGAACGUUGCCAUUAAAAUUAUCGAUAAAGAGAAAGUUUUCAGAAACAAAAUGAUCACUCAGAUCAAGCGUGAGAUCUCGACGAUGAAACUCAUCAAGCACCCUAAUGUGAUCCGUAUGCUUGAGGUGAUGGCUAGCAAGACUAAGAUCUACUUUGUAUUGGAAUUCGUUACUGGUGGAGAGCUUUUUGAUAAAAUUGCAAGCAAGGGGAGGUUGAAGGAAGAUGGGGCGAGGAACUACUUUCAACAGCUUAUUAACGCUGUUGACUAUUGCCAUAGCAGAGGAGUUUAUCAUAGAGACCUUAAGCCUGAAAAUUUGCUUUUGGAUGCAAAUGGGAAUCUGAAAGUUUCUGAUUUUGGAUUAAGUGCUCUACCUCAACAAGUUCGAGAGGAUGGUUUACUUCACACAACAUGCGGAACACCCAAUUAUGUUGCUCCAGAGGUAAUCAACAACAAAGGUUACGAUGGAGCUAAGGCUGAUUUGUGGUCUUGUGGUGUAAUUCUCUUUGUCUUAAUGGCUGGAUAUUUGCCUUUUGAAGAUUCUAACUUGGCCUCAUUAUAUAAAAAGAUAUUCAAAGCCGAAUUUAAUUGCCCUCACUGGUUUUCUGCAAGUGCCAAGAAGCUAAUCAAAAGAAUAUUGGAUCCGAAUCCAGCAACGAGGAUUACAUUUGCUGAAGUAAUUGAAAAUGAGUGGUUUAAUAAAGGGUAUAAAGCACCCAAAUAUGAAAAUGCAAAUGUCAGCCUUGAUGAUGUUGAUGCAAUUUUUGAUGAAUCAGGAGAGUCCCAAAACCUUGUUGUGGAGAGGCGAGAAGAAGGACUUAGAACACCAGUAACUAUGAAUGCUUUUGAGCUCAUCUCAGCAUCUAAAGGUCUCAAUCUCGGCUCACUUUUUGAAAAGCAAAUGGGGCUUGUUAAACGGAAAACUCAAUUUACUUCAAAAUGUCCGGCUCAUGAGAUAGUCACAAAAAUUGAGGCCGCAGCAGGACCUAUGGGCUUUGAUGUCAAGAAAAAUAACUACAAGAUGAAGCUUCUAGGAGAGAAAUCAGGCCGCAAGGGUCAAUUAGCAGUCACAACUGAGGUUUUUCAAGUUGCUCCCUCGCUUUAUAUGGUUGAAAUGCGAAAAUCAGGGGGUGACACCUUGGAAUUUCACAUGUUUUACAAGAACCUCACCUCGGGUCUUAAGGACAUUUGGAAAACUAUCGACGAAGAGAAAGAGGAAGGAACCCAAGGUACGCAUUUUCUUUGA